GGCAGCUUCCUAAGUUUGACUGUUAAAAUUUGGGUCUCCUGAUUUCAGUGUGGUUACCUUUGUGGUUUGGAUAGUUGGCUCUAUCAUUCCUUAACGCCACCUUUGUACCUGGCUGCCUGAAAGGUCUAAUUCUUACCAAUAGAUCCCCACCCAGGUGCAGAUAUUCCCCCCCUGGCCUCUGAGACUGGCCUGCUCAAGAGCCCUCUCUUCCUGGUGCCCUUGACACAGGUCUCUCCUCGGCUACUGAUGAUGUUGAACCCGACUCUUCUGUCAUUGGUCGAGGCCGAAAGGGCCAGGGCAACUAUUGGAAGUGAGCCUGGUGGACUAUGCUGUGGGAGGGAGUUGGGGUUCUGGGUUAGGCGGUGGCAGCUCCCAGCCCACCGUGUGCCGUGUGCCGUGAGAAAUGGUUCUUGUACCUGCCGUGCUGCUGCUAUGCCUAUGGCUCCUGCCUCCUUCCUCUCCUGCUCUCUCGAAGUGGACAGGCCUUGAAGCUUCAGCUGCAGUGUGGAAGGAUGAGCUGCAGAACCAUACUUUCCAGCACACGGUGUACUGUCAGAUUUGGAGUCCCAAGAAGGGAUUCUCGGAGACCUACGAUGGCGAACAGCUUUUCUCCUUCGACUUUGACCAGAACACACGAGUGCCUCGCCUGCCGGAAUUUGCUGACUGGGCCCAGAAGUCUGAGGAUACUUCCAAAAUUUUAUUGGAAAAUACCUUGUGCAUGGCUCUGAUAGAUCAAGUAGGCCCCGAAUUAGAAGGACAAAUCCCACUGUCCAGAGGGCUCCCUAUUGUUGAGGUGUUCACGCUGAAGCCCCUGGAGUUUGGCAAGCCCAACACAUUGAUCUGUCACAUCAGCAAUCUCUACCCGCCGGCGUUGACAGUGAAGUGGCAGCAUCAUUCAGUCCCUGUGGAAGGAGCUGGGCCCACCCUUGUGUCAGCCGUUGACGGACUCAGCUUCCAGGCCUUUUCAUACUUAAACGUCACGCCAGCACCCUCUGAUGUGUACCUCUGCAUCGUGAGUCAUGAUAUUGACGACUACACAGCAAAGGCCUACUGGGUGCCCCGGAACGCGUUGCCCUCAAAUCUUCUGGAGAAUGUGCUGUGUGGUGUGGCCUUCGGCCUGGGUAUACUGGGAAUCAUUGUUGGAUUAAUCCUCAUUUUCUACGUUCGCAAGCCUUGCUCAGGCUGAUUCAUCCUGACCCCAGUCUGAUGCCAUCCAAGCAGACACAGCACCAGUUUCUCACAUCUGCCCAGUAUCAUCUCUCUUCAGAGCAGAUGGCCCUGGGACUCUGGGUCUGUGCAUGCAUGAGUGUGUGUACAUAAGCCAAAGAUUCCAUUUCCCUAGGUUUGUCUCCAUGGGAACAUCAGAGUGCCCCCUACUAUGACAUAUCCCUUUCCCUGUCCAGUCA